AUGGCUUAUGAUUGUGUCAAGCUUUGUUUGAUUCCUGCAGUGUUUGCCCUCCUGGCUCAGCGCUGCUGCUGCCUCACAGCCGUGCAGAGGAAGAAAACACCUGAGCUCGCGCUGCCCAGAGUCACCUGCUCUGCCCGAAGGAUCAAGGCAGUGUUUGGCCCGCUUGUCAAAAAUAUACGUGUUCGAGAUCUGUCAGGGGCCACAGUGCCGGUGCAACAGCCUGAGGAGGAGGUCUGUGGAGUGAGAAUAGGCAGAGAGAAAAACAACAGCCUCUCCUUCAUCAGCAGAUAUGACAGCUGCUAUGCUCAGGUUGAGAACAGCGGAGUGGUCGUUCCUCUGCAGGUCCAGCUGACAGGACAGGAUCAGUGGCUCAGGGUGAAUAUCAGCUGUCCUCUGAUAAAGAGACACAGCGAGAGGACCGCACCUCUCCCGACACCGUUACCUGGACAGUGUGACACAGGAAGAGCUCUGAGGGUGGACUGUGGUCACAAAACCAUUUCUAGUGACGCCUGCUACAAACUAGGUUGCUGCUAUGAUGCUCAUGAUCUCACCUGCUACUAUAGACUCAAUGCCUGCUCUCUGGACGGACAUUUUGUGUUCUCGGUAAAGGCCGCAGACACAGACCCGCCCAUCACUCCCAGCAGCCUCAUAGUGAAGGAUCAGCCGCAGUGUUUCCCUGUGGUCACCACGCCAGACACGGCUGUCUUCAAGAUUGGAGUCAUGGACUGUGGUGCAAAGAAGAAGGUCGAUGGAGAUGUUGUGAUCUACGAGGUGGAAGUGGAGGAGCUGCAUCCUGCAAGUAUGACCAAACAUCCUCCAUUUAGCCUCCAGGUCCUGUGUGAAUAUACACCGUCAGAUCUAAGGCGUGCAGCCGACCUGCGCUCCUUGUACGCUGUGACAAACCCGCCUCCUGUUGUUGCCCUGGGAACCAUCAGAGUGCAGAUGAAAAUAGCCACAGAUGCUUCCUUCACAUCCUUCUUUCCUGAGGACCAGCUUCCACUGAGCUUGCCCCUGCGCAAAGCUGCAUACGUGGAAGUUUCCAUCGCUCAGCCGUCCCCUGACCCCUCGCUUUCCCUGCGUGUACGGGACUGCUUUGCCUACCCUGCGUCCAGACACUCAGUGUGGACGCUUCUCUAUGACGGAUGCCCAAACCCUCUGGAUAACAUGAGAAGCUCUGUCCCUGUGGACCACCAGGGGAAGACCACCUCCCACUCCCAAGUGAGGAGGUUUGAUGUCAAGAUCUUCGCCUUCUUAGACCCUGAUACAGACCAUCCAAGUAUGGAGGAAAUGUACUUCUACUGUUGGGUGGAAAUCUGCACGGAUUAUCUCGACUGUGCACAGAGCUGCGCCAUCAUUUCAGCCGAGGGUGAGAGACAGAGAAGAGAGACCACAUCCGAGUCUGACCAGGUCCACUUGGUGUCCUUAGGGCCGCUGCUGCUGGGACAGAACGACACUGGACUGGAAGAUAAUCCAUGUGUGAAACAGAGCACAAUGUUCCAGGUGACGCUGUACACCCUCAUAGGUGUUGGUGUCGCCCUGCUGCUGAUCCUGCUCCUCGCCGUGCGGUCCAGGGUCACAAAGUGUCAGAAGACGGAAGCGCAGCAAAGACUGGUGUGA